CCGAAGCCCAUUUUAAUUAAGGCCCAUGGGGUAUGGAUGAAUUUCUGCAACCCUAAGCCAUAUUUUCACCCCCUCCACACCUAUAAAUACGGGUCUCAGUUGAGAGAAAAGGAGAGAACUUUCAGAUGAAGAAACGCUGCAACAAAGCUCCGAAGAACUCCUGAGAGGCUCUUAACGAUUCCGAAGAAGAGGAAGAGAUCAAGCCACAAUUUUUGCAUGGGAAACCAUUUGGGCAAACUAUAUGCAUGACAGAUACCAUAGACAAGGAAACAUGACAGCAAAUGCUACCGAUUCAAGCACUUGGAAACAAAUUUGCCUCACAGCUAGCAAACAUCAUGACUUAAUCCUUCUGUCAAUCACUCAACCAAUCUGGACACCAGAAAAGGACGGUCAAUUCACUCUCACUAGUGCAUACCAUCAAUCCCGAAUCCACCACCCUACUACAUUCAGCCUUACCCAAACCUGGAAACCCCUCAUGCAACUGAAGAUUAAUGUAUUCAUUUAGAAACUCCUAAACCACUCUCUUCCAUUCCCUGACAACCUUAGGCGCUUCAAUCUCCAGCUACCCUCAAGAUGUCCAUUCUGUUGUGCAGACUAGGAUACCCAAAAUCAUGUUUUAUUCACAUGCUCUAACAUAAGGCCUAUUUGUGUCUAUUUUUCUGGAAUUUUGCAGGUUAGAACGACUGACCACAAGGACUUAAGACAUACAGUCCUUAUGUGGUGGCUGGGGGGAAAGGGCAACAACUCACGAGACACGUUAAGACAGUCCAUGCCAGGCAUCAUUCUUUGGCAUAUAUGGAAAGCCUAUAAUGCAUGUGUAUGGGAUGCAAAAACUUUUUCAAGAACAUAUACAAUCAACACAAUCAAGGACUACACCAGACAAUGGGUCUACAACAAUCAGCAUAAGAAAUGCAUUCAAUUUGACGAGGAACUUCACUGUGACGGCAUAUUGCCUUUGAAACAAAUCGCACUGAAAUGGAAAAUAUAUGGGAAUCAAGAGCUUACUUUGAACACGGAUGCAACUUUCUUCGUCCAACAAAGUGGAGGUGGAGCGAUCUUGAGAACUCCAGAUGGAACCUUUAUUCAUGCAGUAGCCUUCCCUUUGUCAGCCAUUAACCCUCUCCAGGCAGAAAUUUUGACCAUUGAAUCCUCCAUAGAAGCAAUGAUUAACACAGGUUAUAAAUCGUUUACUGUUCAGACAGAUUCAGAAAUCAGCGUAAGAAUGCUACAUGGAUUUUUUAAAGUACUUGAUUAUCUGGCAAGACCUAUGGUGAAUAUCAAUCGACUCAGGUUAAGGCACGACAUCCACUUUUGCUAUCGUCUGAGGGAAACGAACGCCUGUGCUCACCAUAUCGCCAGGUCGGGUCUUCUCCUCCAGUCCAUGCAAUCCUAUGCACUAAAUGAUCUCCCCUCCAGAGCUAGGAGAGCCUACUUUGAAGACAAGAAUGGUUCUACCCUCUUCCGAUAUGCCGGAUGAUCGAAGAAGAUGUUUCGAUGAAGGAAAGCACCCCCACCGUGUCUCUUUCAAGAACCUAUGCAUGUUUUUGAAACCGUACUGACUAUACCCUCACCCUCCUUUGGCCCUAUUAUGUUUGACAUUAGAUCAGGCUUGGAGCUAUUCGCACGGGAGGAUCGAGCAGGCCCACCAUUGCUUAAUUUUAUUUUAUUUUCCUUGUCCAUUCGGUGUUUUGUGCCUACCCCUUUAGCCCUUUUCAAAUCCAGUUUGAUGCUUGUAAAUACUUUUAAUUUAAUAAAUCAGGUAAUGUCUCCUGACAUUUACCCCGCCAAAAUUUGUGGUUUCUCGGGACAAAAAAAACGGUAGAGUUGUUGAACCAUUUGAGUUAAUACGCUGUGACAUUUGGG